GUAGGUUAUGUGGCGAGAUGUUUGGAGAACUUCCUAUGUGACCCCUCUUUCUGGUUGGACCCUGCAUUGUUGAGCGACGUGGAGAUCUGUGUGUCCGUGCAAGAAGAACACCUGGCAACACUUUACCUGGGCCUGCUGCUUCAGGAGGGUGUGUUCUUCGCUAAGACGCUCCAUGCUGUAGAGGCUGUGGAGGGUGACGAGGAGAGGCUGGCGUGUGACUCCGACUCCCUGCUGCUGGUGAGGGAUGUGGGGCAGGAGCAGGUGUGGGAGGGGACCCUGCUCUCCAGCGGGGCCAAGGGCCUGGUGCCAGCAGCCAACGUGCAACCACUACCAUACCCCUUCUACCAGUGGUUUCUAAGGAAGUACCCCUGCAGCGCCAGUGGUCUUCCCACAGACACGCCCCUCAGCCAGCAUCCAAUAGGCACGUGCGUAGCGACGGUGGACUAUGAGCCCGCGGGGCCUGAUGAGCUGCCGUUGCGUGAGGGGGAGGAGCUAGCGGUGGAGGGCUUCCUGCUCCAGGGGCUGGACCUCUUCGUGGGGCGGAGCCUAACCAGCGGCCUCAUGGGAUUCGUCCAUAAAGAGCAUGUUAGGCCAGGAGACCUCAAACCCAUAGAUCCAGAGCUGCAGUUCAUGACUGUGGAGGAGAGAGAAGACCUCUAUCAGCUCGAGCCUGCUCACACACACUCACACACACUCACACACCUUCUGAAACAGCUCUGUGCCUCAGACAUCAGCACCGUCUACAGAAUGGAUAGACUUGAUGAAUCUGACUUCGCCUACAUCAAAAGUCUUCCCAAAGCAGACCCUGAAGCCUACUCUACGCAGCAGACUUUAGACACGCCCUUUCAGCGGCACUCCUGGAUUGGGCCCCGCCCCUCUCUCGCUGCUUCCCAGAGUUCCCUGGGGCGCUCCAUAGGGGGCGUGACCUUUGGCCCGGAUGACACGUUCAGGGAGGCGGAGCCUCUGGAGGAUGACUCGGCCUUGUGGGAGGAGCUAUCGGAGUGGGAGGAGGAGUCCUGUGAGGAGCUGCUGAGGCUGUUGGACACGCCCACAGAGCUCCAGGAGGCGGACCUGUGCGAGGCGUCUCUGAGCUGGCUGCAGCGUGUGCGUGUGUGUGUGUGCGAGGAGCGUGUGUGUGUGUGUGAGCGGGAGGGUGUGUGUGAGCGGGAGGGUGUGUGUGAGCGCGUGCUGCUGCGGCGGCUGGAGUGUGUGCGCGAGGCGGCCAAGCAGCAGGGCCGGCCGUGGGCUCAGCGGCGUGUGUGUGUGCUGCUGGGGCGUGUGUGUGAGCGCGGCACGCGUCUCUCUCAGGCCCGCGUCUACUACGAGGAGGCGCUGGGGGUGUGUGUGGCGGGCUUCGCCGACCGGCCGCUGCUCACCGAGCUCUACACACACCUGGGCGCACUCUAUCUGCACCAGCAGCAGAGGGAGAAGCUCACACACACACACACACUCUCGCGCGCCGCCACACUCAUGCUCACGCAGCCACGCCUCUGCAUCAGCUCCGCCUACCAGCUGCAGAUGCUCCACCCACUCAUGUGCCACGCCCUGUUGCUGGGGCAACGGGCGCUGGAGGGGCGUGUCUGCUUCCUGUGGCUCCGCCUCCUGCUGCAGCUCCAACGCUACGAGGAGGCCCUGCCCUUCCUGGAGCGUCUGCAGUUCCUGAUUGGUUCCCUGCGUGCAGGGGCGUGUCAGGAGGAGGGGCCAGACCUCCACUGGUUACUAAGUGUCCUGUAUCACCGCAGGUAUCAGCCCCACUUGGCGCUUGCGGCCCUCAGCUUGGACUCCGCCCCCUCGCGUGGGUUAGACCACGCCCUCAGUCGGCUGCAGCUGCACCUGCGCAGCUCAGAGCGCCUGCAUGCCCAGACCACGCCCACAUCCGCCCAGGCCACGCCCACCCCCAUCCCCACGCAGGCGCUGGUGUACCUCAAACGGGCACUAGAGGUCGCUACGCACGAGGGCCGAGACUCAGAGCAGAGACAGCUGUGUGUCAGCCUGGCGUGGGUGUACCUUCAUCACGGGGUUCUGCGGGAGGCGGUUCUUAGUGCAGCGCAGGCUGUGGAGGCGGGGUCUCAUCUGGGCGAGGAGGAGGAGUUUGAAGCGCGUGCGCUCCACGGUUGGCUGCUGGUGUUGACGGGCGACGCGGAGCGCGCCACGGAAGAGCUCACGCCCCUGCUGAUGUCACUGCAGGGUUCCGAUAGCCCCUCCCCUCGAGGCGUGGUACACACACUGCUCGCGCUCAGCCUGCGUCGCCUAGGAAACGUCCGUGAGGCGGGAAAGCACCUGUGUGUGGCGCUUAGGCUUGCGCAGGAGAGUGGCCACACCCCCAACCAGGCCAUCGCCCUUAGCAACCUGGGUUGCCUAGCGCUGGGGGCGGGGGCACUGGGCGUGGCCGAACGCUUCCUCAGGAGGUCGCUCCGCCUCUUCCAGCAGCUCGAGGGCGGGGCAGACCAGGAGCUCGUCCAAUCACUGCUAUGGAUGGGGAGGAGUUACAGCAACAGUGGGCAGAGCCACAAAGCCCGACUAGCCAAUGAGACAGCUCUGCUGAUUGCCAUCCACGCCAAGAACAUCCAGAGUCAGAUGGUGGCUGCUAAGGUGCUCAGUCGUUACUAUGCCGGUCGAAUGCUCUACGGUCAAAGCAUCGUCUACUACGAGCACUGUGUGCUGUUGGCACGGCAACUACGGGAUAAACGUCUAGAGGGAGAGUUUCUGGAGAUCUUAGGAAGCCAAUACCUGUCCCUGAACACAGAGAGGUCCUCUCUCAGGUCUCUUGACUGUACUAAGCAGUCUCUGAGGAUCUGUAUUGAUUUGGGGAAACGGAGAAAAGAGGCCGAAUCUUGGCUGCAUGCCGGACGCGUCUACUACCUGCUACAGGAGGACGAGCUCACAGACAUGUACUUACAGGCAGCAGUAAGGACAGCCUUGAGGGUUGAGGACCCCAUCUUCGCUGGAAGUAUCUACGAGGAGACGGGAGAUAUAUAUUACAAAGGACAUCGCAACCAGCUCAAAGCACUGCCUUACUUCAGGGACGGCAGUCUUCCGUUUGCUCGUAGCACUGGUGACCAGCUGUCUGAGUUUCGUGUUCUGAGUAAAGUGACUGAGCUGCUCAUGACACACCACGACCACCAGGAGGCGCUGCAGUACGCACUACUGGCAGUCCAGAGCAGCACCGCCUCAGGUAUCCGUCUGCAUGAGCGCGUGGCCUAUCAGCGGCUGGCCUGGAUCCACGAGGCUCUGGGGCAGUUUGAGCUGGCGGAGAACUACUUCCUGAAGUGUGUGAGUCUGGGGCCGGAUCUCACACACGCCAGUGAUGCUCGAUACUACUGCCGAGUGUACACACACCUCGCCAACAUCACACUCCACAAACUCAAGGAUGCCUUUGAUGCGAUGGGGUACUACCAGCUGGCGGUCGCCGGGGCAACAGAGGCUGAGGACGUGUCGUGUGUGUACGUCCUGCUGAUGAAGUUAGCGGAGCUCCACGCGUCUCACCUGCCAGACACACACCUGUGCCAACACUACACACACACCGCCAACAGCCUCAGAGCACACCUGGAGGGCCUCACACACACACCUCCUCUCACACACACGCAUCACACAGGUCAGGAGGACACACGCACACAACACACAGCACAGGAGAGCUGAGGACACUCACACACAC